AUGCGACCUGAGAAACGCAAUGCAUUGCUCACACUCCUCAACAAUCAUCCUGACAGCUAUUGGUGGAUCGAUGUUCUUUGUGCACGCUGUGACACACCUUUGGGUAUUAUGGGCGAUAUUUAUGCCUGCUGCUAUCUAUGCUAUGCUAUGGUCGAUUGUGAGCCUGAAUUGAUAAUCCGAAUCAAGUCCAUGGUGCGCAAGUGGAGCCGUAGAUCAUUCAAAACUCGCCUUUCGAGAUGGACAAAGGAUUUUCACAAGGAGGCACAUCGACUUGUUAUAGACACAUUCUAUCAAUGUAGCUGGUGGAAACGUGUUUGGACAUGGCAAGAGGCGGUGUUACCUGUUGAAGUCUUGUUUAUCGCUGAAACACUCACUGAAUUAUCCGACAGCGACAUGCUGAGUAUCAAUGAGCUUGAUGACUUUACCGGCGAUGGCUGGUUUGCCUAUGAUGGCUUCAUGUUUAAAUUAUCAUCAGACGAAGAAGGUAAGCAGCUAUUGAACGUGACUAUAUGUAGUAAAUUAUUUCAAACAUCAACCUGCCUGAAUCCUAUAGUAGGCGACAUAAAAGGAAUGGAUUUUGGAGGAUCAACUACUCAAGAAAUCAUUUACUCUCGGAAUCACUGUCACCGCCAUACAGGUUAUUCUGGUACUCUAGGGGGCAUUUCUUCCUUGUUUCGCGCAUUCGCACAAUCACCAAGGCAAUGCAUGGAUCCAGUUGACUAUGUAUAUGGCGUGCUUGGCAUAUUCCAAAUCGACAUUCCGAGGAAAACCGAUCCAAACGAAGUUUGGCAGCUCUUUGUAACUGAGCUCCUUAAGCUAUUCACCGAUCCCAAGCGUGUCAGGAUCGAACAAGACUACGAAAAGUGGAUCCUAUCAAGAUACAAAAGCGAUCGUACAAUACGUCAAUGUAAUCUACUGACAGCUAAAAAUAUGGGCGAGGUAUAUAAAUGCUUUGCUUGA